CUGGCUGUCCCACCUUUCGUGUUAGCUUAAAGGCAAACACGGGAGCAGUCUGCGUCUGAAUACCGGAACUUGAUCGGGCAGAAAUGUCACAAUUCACAAAUCCGUUUUUUUCCAAGCUUGGUCUCUUUAAGAUAACGGAUCUGAUCAAACAUGUCAAACGGACCAGAAGCCCACUGAAUGACAUCAAAUGCCAUCCGAGUCUUGAAGACUUACUCCAGAAUAAAGUGUACUUAGCAGCCUUCCACUCCUAUCUGCAAUCUGAGUUCAGUGAUGAAAACAUCGAGUUCUGGCUGACAUGCGAGAACUUUCGGGCAAAUGCCUCCCAAGACAACCUCCUGUGGAAAGCCAGAGGGAUUUACCAGGAGUUCAUCCAGCCUACAGCCUGUAAAGAGAUCAAUGUGGACCAACACAUUCGCGAAAAGAUCAAGGAAACCUUGGACCGGCCCAGUCCAACAUGCUUCGACGAGGCCCAGAAGCAUGUUUACCUGCUCAUGGAGAGAGACUCCUGCCCGAGAUUCCUGCAGUCUGAGGUUUACCUGAGACUGAAGCAGAAAACCAGAAGCAGAAGCCGAGUUCGCGCCGCACACCAGUGAGCGCGUGGAGCAAAGUGGAAAAAGGAGUCGGGAGGCAGCUAAUAAUACCUCGGGGCCUUAAAACGACACCGCUAGAGUCAUCAGACCACCUGAUGCGGAACAGAUCAGCUGGAAUCCGCUGCCUUGUUAGGGGAAUCAUCUCAUCGCACUCCGACGGGGAGACAAAUGCGAGUGCACGCUCGGGCCGUGACUAAAACCUGUGUGUUUACAAUUUAAAAUCACAUUUAAACUGGAAUAAAAGAUUUUGUUCACUCUCUU